AUCGUCUAUAUUCUCAUUGUAUACGUAGCGGCGUUCUUUAUUUCCUCUCUCUCUCCUUCUCUUGGAAAAGCCAUUCCAAAAUCUAAGUUACGAUCUGUGGACGUCCAUGGCUACUGCGGCUCUCCGCUCACAAGACUGCCUCAGAGGUCGGUUUCCAGCCGAAACCCUAACCUCUCCCCCUUUCAAACCUCGCAGAACCAGUAACUCCAACGCUAACCCGAGCCCUAACCCUAACCCUAACCCUACUUUUACCAGAUCCGGCCGGAGAAAGCGAACUCAGGUGGGAUCUCCAGACAAAGAGAACAGGCGAAGUCGCUGCGAGAUGGCCGGUUCUAGAUUGCCCGCCAAAAACAUGAUCAUGGGGCAAGUUACGAUUUUAAAGCGUGGUGAGAUGUUGAAGCCGACGGAGGACCGAGUUCGUGGUGUUGUUGAGGAAGAGGCAAAGACAAAUGAAGUUCCGGUCCUGUAUUCGACGGAACGGUUAGGUCCGGAGCCGGAUAUGGUUCCGAAGCAGAUCGGUUUGACAGAUGUGAAGUCUGUUGAUGGUGUUUUUGCUGGUUCAGCGUUUCUUACUUCUCCUCCGCCGAGUUCUCUUCCCCUACCUGGUUUUUUCACCAAUAAGGUAGUGCCAAGCAAAAAUGAUGUGGCAACGACAGAUUUACGGCGGUUGCUUCGAUUGGACUUGUAGAUGGUGCUCUACCGGGUCGUAUGAUCGGUAGCACUUGUCUCUAUCAUUUGCUCUAUCCGUCGAUCUCCCUAUAUUUUUUUCAACAGGAGGAUCGUAUUGAAGGAGCAGUUUAGCAAUUAGGAAUAACACAGAUGGAGGAUCACUGUUUACUCUGCUCUUGGAAGAACUGGGUAGUCAGUUUUCGUCGAUAGGAAAUAUAUUUGGGUGUCAUGUAUAGUUCACAAGGUUUGAUUUUUCGCAUAUAAGGGUCUUUUGGUUUGAUUUGUUUCUUCCUAUAAUUCAGAGCUACAGUUUUUAGAGGUGGGGGUGGGAGUGGAGGGUUUGUAUAUGUUUGGCAGGUUCGUUUCGUUUCAGAAAGUAGGUGUCUUAAGAUUGUCACUGUUUUUCCCCCCUACUGAUAUGGAAGAUUGUCUUUUAGUUGGAGCUUAGUUUCUUGUUUGUUAUCCAGAUUUCCAAAUGUAAUUGAUCUACAUAUAGUUUUUGUUUGUUUGAUGUAAUUUUUUAGCUACUUAAUCUUGAUGGUUCUUGCUCAUCAGAUGAGGAAGAAUGAAUUAGAUUUUUUUUUCAA